CCUUUGCUCUCUUCAUGACAACAGGAGCAAAUCAUUGAAUGACAUCAGGCGGUUCCCGUCGCCCACGCAAGUGGUGCGCCAGGUUUCUGAGGGUGGCAUGGAGCUGAGCCCCAGCGCCGUGAGCCAAGACCAGCUGCAGAUGGUCAGAGCCCGGGUCCACGAGAGUGAGGCAAAGUGGCACAACGACCUGACCAAGUGGAAGCUCCGGCGGCACAGGUCUAACUGUGACCUGCGGAGGAAGAUGCAGGAGAGGGACAACAUCGUCCUGAUGGCCAACGCAGGGGUCGGUACAGUCGGGACAUUCAAGAGUCUGCAAGAGGACAGGGAAGAGGAUGAGGAGUCCCUAUGCAGCAAUGGCCACAAGGUCUCUCCGCCCACCUCGUUCAAGGAGGGUUCCCUGGUGUUCCGACCCCACACCAGAGCCCCCACCUCAGUAAGUGAGGGUUCCCUGGUGCUACGACCCCACACCAGAGCUCCACUGGCCCUCAGCUCCUCCGUGGAGUCACCCUACAGCCCCGUAGCGUCGGAACCCUUCACCGCCCCCAGCGUGACCCUCCAGGGACCCGGAGCCGUGCCCCAAUCAGAGCCCCUCGUCCUAGGGGGGAGGAGUCACACACCGGUGGAGCCAGACGGAGCUGGAGGAUUAGUCACUUUCCCCAACUCUGCGUCUCCCAUCUCCUCCCAGACCAUCUCUAGCCCAGCUCUCUUCAUCUCCACUGGACGAGACCACAACGUCUCCUUGCUCUCAAACGGGAUCCCGACGACCCUCCCUGGAUCUAGCUCCAGUCUUACUAUUGGUACCAGUUCUUCUCUAACUACCUCUGACCCGGUGAGCGGUACCGGCUCUAACCUAACCAGCGGUACCGUCUCUAACCUGACCAGCGGAACCGGCUCUAACCUAGCCAGCGGAACCGGCUCUAACCUAGCCAGCGGAACCGGCUCUAACCUGGCCAGCGGAACCGGCUCUAACCUAGCCAGCGGAACCGGCUCUAACCUGGCCAGCGGAACCGGCUCUAACCUGGCCAGCGGAACCGGCUCUAACCUGGCCAGCGGUACCGGCUCUAACCUGGCCAGCGGUACCGGCUCUAACCUGGCCAGCGGUACCGGCUCUAACCUAGCCAGCGGUACCGGCUCUAACCUAGCCAGCGGUACCGGCUCUAACCUAGCCAGCGGUACCGGCUCUAACCUAGCCAGCGGUACCGGCUCUAACCUAGCCAGCGGUACCGGCUCUAACCUAGCCAGCGGUACCGGCUCCAACCUGACCAGCGGAACCGGCUCCAACCUGACCAGCGGAUCCGGCUCUAACCUAGCCAGCGGUACCGACUCUAACCUGACCAGCGGAUCCGGCUCUAACCUGACCAGCGGUACCGGCUCUAACCUGACCAGCGGUAUCGGCUCCUGUGCCUCCAUGGACAUCCCAGAACACGCCCUCAUCUCCACUGUAGAGUCCCUGACCUCGGUGGGAGCCUCGGGUCAUGUCUCAGCUCCCCAACAGCAGGAGCUUUCCCUCUACAGGUACAGCUCCAGGGGUCUGGGAGGAAGAGGAAGAGGGGCAUCUGCCUCUCUCCCCAGGGGAUAUCGCCGGUCUGAGGGCUCUUCGUCCUGCCUCUCUGCCGGCUUCACCCCCCGACCGUUUGGAGCCAAGUCCUCCAGAGUGUCCUCACUACCCAGGCUCUACAAUUUGGAGAAGACUGCUCCCACCCGCCCCCAGAAAAUGGUCACGAUCUCAGAGGUUGCUGUCAGGGCUCAGCCCUGGGCCACAGCCAAUCGGAGCAGUGUGAACCAGGAAGUAGAGGAGGGUGGGAGUCAGACCCAGCCCUCCAUCCUGAAGACCAGUGUGGUUCCUGGACCUGCCACCCACCCCAAACCCAGCCAGAAGGGACCCUUACCCCCUUCUCUCCUGCCCAGCCUUCCUGUCUCAGUCAGACAGAAUGGCUCUGCACAGGUACGUCACAGUGACAGAGUGAGUCUCACCUUGAAGAUUAACAGUCGACCACACUUUGGUUUCAACACUCACUGGGACUCGACAGGAGCGAGAGUCGGAGGCAUCCAACCAGGUAGUCCUGCAGAGUUGUGCCAGCUCCGUGCAGGUGAUGAGAUAGUGUCUGUUGGUGGGCACAGGGUGGCAGAGAUGAGCCACAGCCAGUGGAAGGGCAUGAUGACCUCUGCCCUGCAGAAAGGCAGUCUCACCAUGGAUGUACAGCGCUAUGGUAACAACGGUCCAACUGAUACCAGUGGAGAUGCAACGAUGGUGAAACUGGCCAACGGACAAGAGGUGCUGACCUCUAAGAGCAGGAAGGGAGGUUUUCAGGACGAUCUACUGACUGUCAGAAGUAAAGAACAUGAUCUGAUUGUUUUGAAAACCCAGAAAAGGAGAGCAGAGUUCUUUAAUCAGGAAGGAGGAUCGGCGUCGGCGAUAUCUGAUCUCCAGGUGCCGUCCCUCAGCACCUCCCCCUCCAGUUGGUCCUGGGACCCUGAGGAAGAGAGGAGGAGGCAGGAGAAGUGGCAGGAGGAGCAGGAGCGCCUCCUACAGGAGAAGUACCGUCAGGACCAGGAGAGACUGGAUGCUGAGUGGCAACAGGCCCAGGAGGAGGCAGGGGUGGAGGGAUACAGGCAGGCUGAGGUGACCCCUGAUCCUCUACCGUCCAGAUGCAUCGUGGGAUAUGUAGUCCCUUGUGUCAAAUCAUCCACACCGAACAUGGAGAGCUCAGGAGAGAUGACCAAUGGGAUCGCUGGCCUUGCCAGUCCUCAGCCAGCCUUGAGCCAGCCCAUGCCCUCUGUUGCCCAUGUGGCAUCCAAUGAAAAGGAGGUUGUUUUUGACGGGAGAAGAAGGGAGGAGCCUCGUCCUCAAGAAGGGAGGAACCUGGAAGAGGAGACUGAAGUGGCAGAAGGAGAUAAUUGGUCUGGGGACUCCUAUGGUUUCACCCAGCUAUCUAUCGCUGACAGGAUGAAAUCCAAGUCCUCCCCAUCGUUGGAGGGUUUCCACAGACAGGAGGUGAAAGGCGCUACCAGGGAGGUCGCUAGGAGGAAGCCUCCUCAGAGCAUGUCGUUAGUAGAGGCUGAGAGGCAACAGAUCCUGGACGAGAUGAGGAAGAGGACCGCUCUGCUGACAGACAACAGUUGGAUACGACAACGCUCCACCUCUGACAACAAACAACCAACCAACCGGCGAUGGCCUCUGAGGAGGUACGACUCUCUGGACAACCUUCCCUCUUCCACCACCCUGCUCUCUAACCCCCAACGCCCCCACUCCUCCCUGGGUUUCUCCGCCCCGUACCGCCCCCUCCUCCCGGCACAGCAUGGGUGUGGCCCUGGGGGGUCACUCCAACGGGACAGAAGCACAGCCCUACCUGGCCCCGCCCCUUCAGCACAUCUUCCCCCCGCCCGACACCGGAGAGGAACCCGCCACCGGCGAAUCACGACCCGUCUCACAGCAGCACCGUCG